CGGGCUGGCCGCUCGCUGGCCCGGCCCGGCCCGGCGGGCGGGCUCUCGCCGGUCGCCUUCCCUUCCCCCUCCCUCUCCCUUCCCCGUCUCCCCCUCCCUCUCUCGCUCACUCGCUCGUCAGCGGAGCCUCCAGCACAAGCAGGCCGACAGGCGAAGCAAGCUCCGCGGCGGCGGCCUCGCUGGCGGGACCCGACGCGACGCGCUAGCCGAGAUGACGGGAGGGGGACGCCGCUGACGCUGCACUCCGCCACCAGAGAAUCCGCUCCGGUCAUGGCCGCCCAUCGGAUCCGAGCCGCGGCCACGGGCAACGCUUCGCUGCCUCGAUGCAGGUCCGAGGGGACGCUGAUUGACCUCGGCGAGAGCGCGUCCGAGCCCGGCCUCAUCGAUGUCAAAGUGCCUUCUCCCAGUGCCUUCCGCUUGGACGCCAGCGCCUCCCUCGGCACGGCCCGAGAGGUCGUGGCCAUCAAGGACUACUGCGCGUCCAGCUUCACCACGCUCAAGUUCUCCAAAGGCGACCGUCUCUACGUUCUGGACACGUCGGGCAGCGAGUGGUGGUACGCCCAUAACAACACCGAGAUGGGCUACGUCCCGGCCGCCUACGUCGAGCCCGUGAGUUUCAGAGACUCGUCCUUCAGCGACAGCGGCAUGAUUGACACGGCGGGCGACGGCGCCAGGGAGGAGACGGCUUCGGAAACGGACCCCGUCGGGGAGUGGGCCGGCGUCACUCUGAAGCCCACCGCUUUCGGGAACGGAAAUCCUUUCGCGGGCACGCGCGCCUCCAUCAACCCGUUCCUGCACGGCGGUGCCCCGAGCCCGGCGGACCGGAGCGGCGAGGGCAAGUCCGCCGAUCUCCUUCUCUUCGACGCCCCGUCGGCGUCGGAAUCGGCCCUCGGCGCCGCGGACCCGGAUGCUUUCGGCGCGAGCGUCUCCAGCCCUCUCAGUCACACGGCGGGGAACGGGCUGCGAAGGGACAACCCCUUUUUCCGAAGCAAGCGCUCCUACAGUCUCUCGGACAUGUCCGUCCUGCAGGCCGAGUCGGACGGGCAUCCCGCGGCCGGCGGUUUCUUCGGCGGCCUGACGGCGCCGGCCCCGGAGCAGUUCCAGAGCCGGGAGGCGUUCCGGACGGCGUGGCUCACGCACCGCAAGCUGGCCAGGUCCUGCCACGACUUGGACUCCCUGUGCCAAAACCCGGGCUGGGGUCAGACGCAGCCGGUGGAGACCGGCAUCGUCUGCCGGCUGGACAGCUCCGGAGGCGCCGUCCAGCUGCCGGACACCAACAUCAGCGUCCGCGUCCCCGAGGGCCACGUCGCCGAGGGCGACACCCAGCAGAUCUCCAUCAAAGCUCUCCUGGACCCGCCCCUGGAGCUGAACAACGAUCGCUGCAUCACCUCGGGCCCGGUGGUGGAGCUCAAGCUCAGCAACAUGGAGACCAAAAGCGGCAUCACGCUGGAGAUGAAAGCGUCGGCCGUGGUCAAGGCGGAAAAGCGCGAGGCGGCGCGCAGCCUGUGCGUCAGGAGCGACUGUAAAGAGGGGCCUUACGCCCCCAUCUCGCAGACUUUCCCGUACGGCGACACGGUUCGGGUGUCCGUGGACAACUUGGAGCCCUGCAUGUACAUUUGCGGGGUGGUGCGCUCCCAGCCGGCAUCUCCGGACUCGGGCAGCGUGUGGGACCACGUGGUCAAAAGGGUGACGUUAGGCGUGUACGGACCCAAGCACAUUCACCCCUCGUUCAAAACGGUGGUGGCCAUGUUCGGUCACGAUUGCGCCCCCAAGUCCUUGUUGGCGAGCGACGCGGGGAAGCAGGCGCAGUCUUCGCCACCCGUGGCGCUCCAGCUGUGGGGCAAGCACCAGUUUGUCCUGUCCAGACCCCAGGACCUCCGCGUCGGGGUCUACUCCAACAUGGCCAACUACGAGGUGAAGGCCGGCGAGCAGGCCAAAGUCAUCCGCGCUUUCCAGAUCAAACUGGGCAGGGUCAGCCGGCUGGUCUACCUGAUCAGUUCCCGCAACGGGGCGGACGUUUCGGACUUCACCCUGAGGAUCCAGGUCAAAGACGACCGGGACGCCAUCCUGGCCCAGUUUUGCGUCCAGACGCCCGCGCCGCCGCCGCCCAAGACGUCCGUGCAGCGGCGCUUCCUGAAGAAGAAGGAAGUGGGCAAGAUCGUCCUGUCCCCGCUCGCCCUGGCCACCAAGUACCCGGUGUUCCGCGACCGGCGGGUCACCAACCUCAGGUUCGGAAAACUGAUCAAGACGGUCAUCCGGCAGAACAAGAACAGCUACCUGCUGGAGUACAAGAAAGGAGACUUUGUGGCGCUGCUGAGCGAGGAGAAGGUCAGGCUGAAAGGCCAGCUGUGGACCAAGGAAUGGUACGUCGGCUACUACCAGGGCCGCGUGGGACUGGUGCACGCCAAAAACGUGCUGGUGACGGGACAACUCAAGCCGGUUUAUUUCGGCGGGCCGGAGCUCACCACGUCCUCGCUGCUGGAGCAGGUUCUGAGGCCCUGCAAGUUCCUCACCUACAUCUACGCCUCGGUCCGCACCGUCCUGAUGGAGAACAUGGGCGACUGGCGGGCGUUCGCCGACGCCCUCGGCUACCGCAACCUGCCCGUCGCGCACUUCUGCCGGGCCGAGCUGGACAGCGAGCCGGAGAGGGUGGCCUGCGUUCUGGAGAAGCUCAAGGAAGACUGCAACAAUGCCGAGGGCAAGGAGCGAAAGUCCUUCCAGAAGGAGCUGCUCAUGGCCUUGCUGAAGUUGGACUGCCAGGGCCUGGUGGCUCGUCUGGUGAUGGAUUUUGUGCUCCUGACCACGGCGGUGGAGGUGGCGGGACGUUGGCGGGAGUUGGCCGAGCGCCUGGCCAAGGUUUCCCGCCAGCAGAUGGACGCCUACGAGGCGCCGCACCGCGACAAGAACGGCGUCGUGGACGGCGAGGCCAUGUGGAAGCCGGCCUACGACUUCCUGGUGACGUGGGCGGCGCAGAUGGGCGACAGCUACCGCGACGUGAUCCAGGACCUCCACGUGGGCCUGGACCGCAUGAAGAGCCCCAUCACCAAACGCUGGAAGCACCUGAGCGGGACCCUGCUCCUGGUCCACUGCCUGGACACCCUGCGGAGCGCCGCCUUCAGCCCCGCCUCCGACGACUUGGCCAUCUGACGCCGGCUUUUUCGACUCCCCGUUUGCGACACGCCGCCUCUUUUCCGUUUCAUGACACCCGGUUCUUCCUCCUGCGGUCGGGCUCACGCUCAUUUCCAUGAUUCUCGGCCCUCACCCGACAAAUGCUGGGAACCGGACUCUCGGGGACACGCUUCCCAUUUUGGGUCACGUUUUUGUUUUUUUGGAGGGGCGAGGGGUGGGUGUCAACUUUCACAUUCUUGCCUGUUUUGGAGCUUUCCACACUCGCUUCACUUUCAGUUUCUGUUGCAUUUCCAUUGGGUUUUUAAAUUUUUUUUUUGUGCCAACUUUGGCAUCCUCGCAGUAUCGGGUUGUGGAGGGAUCGGGUCACGUUCCGAUGCCGUUGGGUUGUGAUGUGAAUUGGGUUGGCUCGGGUUCCGAUGCAACUGGGUCGGUUUGCCGACGUCCCCUUGAAGCCAGGACGAGAGCGACACCCUGUGGCCAAGUGGUGCCGUUCCGUCGCUGGUCGUCACGGCGACGACAAACAAGCCGAAGCUCCAAAAACAAACAAGAGGCACGAUCGCGCUUGCUGGAUGUUUUUUUUUUUUUUGUUGUUCUCCACGCCUGCGUGUGCGCGGUCACGUGACAUCGUCGCCGCCAUUGCUGCGCAUCAGAAAUAAAGUGUAAAUAUUUGCAUACUCGUCA